GAGACGCGAAGAACCGGACGCACUCAUGCAAUGUUCGGAGCCUUUUCCCUCAGCCAACCGCUCAACACCCGCUUCUGGCCCUCUUUUGGUUUGCGGCUCUUGGCGUUGGAAGUCAACACUAGGUCUCGGCUUGCUCUCCUGUGCAGCUUUAGUCUCUUGCCUGCGUUUACACUGCAGCUCGUAGAUGAUAUACUCGUAUGUACAGAGUAUGUACAUACAGUACUAUGUACUCAGGGCGAUAUACCCUAGCUUCGGUGGUGUGCCACGAAACUUGCAACCUGCGAGAAUGCAAGUACGUACAGCACUCCGUAUCCGGAAAGCGACCUAGACGGCGUCCUGUGCCCCUCGUUCAUCCGAUCUUUUCGACGCCCCAGACGCCUCAUGAAGCCGCUGGGACACAGCCGGCGGCACUUUUCGAAGGAUGGUGGUCAAGCAACCAUGGCUCGAGCGAACAAGCUUUUGAUCUUGGGGGUAGCUGGCCAGGAACUCCACGUAUCCACAAGAUGCAUAGGGGACGCUGGUAUGAGUUUCAUGCAGCUUGCAGGUUGCGGUGUGAAAGUGCCCAGUGCGACUUUGACCACGGAAGAGAGGUUUGGCGACACUUUUCGACAGAAAACAGUUCAAUAAGAUGGUGGGGCGGAGAAUUACCAUCGAGAGGGUGUCCAGGGACCCCUGCCAGCGGAUUGGAUUGGCGAUCAAGCGAAACGCCCCACACGUGGCUUGCUGCGCUGAUGGCUCCUGGGGGCUGCAUUACGCAGAUCCGUACAACCACGUCUGGUUCCCUACCAAAGGUAUCCGUACAGAACAGACUCGGUACGGGCCACGAAAGAGCAAGACAAGUUUAGGUUCAGGGGUGUAGGGCAUAUUUAUGAACUUUUGCUUGUUGUUCACCAACCGAACCACCCUUGCAUCGACAGUCGUGCUUCUAUGCAUCUGUCCGUGGCAGGAAAUUUACAGCGCAGUAUCGACGGCUUGACUGCCCAGUAGCGUCUCUCCGC